AUUGUAGCCAUGAUUAAGUAGAUUUCCUACGAAAAAUCUCAUAAAUGGAAACCAGGUAUCCCAAUUGAGGAAAUAGAGAUAAUUAUUCCAACUUUCCCAACAUACCAAUAAUUCAUUGUUUAAUUGUAUCCCAGCCAAAUCUUACAUAUUUCACCAAUGAUAUAGACUCUGGUAUAUGAAUAAUACAACUGGAUCUGGUUGAAACUGUAUAUUGGUAUUCACACUACUUUUUUCCAAGGAGAAAAAAAAAGAGACUUCCAAUCACAAUUUGAGAAUAUUUGCUGAGAAAGAAAAAUUGCAUCAAAAACUAUAGCGAGGUAGACCUAAACAUAAACUUACGAAGAUGUCAUAUACCCCAGCUAAUGAACCGGUGAGAAAUGCACCAGCAGUGGGAGAUUAUGAGUUAAUUGAUGUUGACCCUUACUUCACUAGAGUUAUUUCCUACUUUAGACCAUCCGAUUAUGGAGCUUGGGGUAUUUCCACCGCUUCAUUCCCAUUGGCACUUUAUAUUUGGGAAAGAUUAGAACCAGCUGCUGGACCAUACAAACAACCAGCUAAAAUUCCAGGUGGAACCUUGAGAGCUGCUACUCUUUUGGGUUUCUUUGGUGGGUUUUAUUUAGCUUACAUAAGAUCAUCAAAAAGAUUCUUGGGUUGGUCUGAAAAUGAACGAGAAGUUAAGAAAGACAGAUAUGAAAUAAAGAAGUUGUUAUCUCAAGGUAAAUUACCUUACCAUGAAGAUGAAUCUUCUUUGGAUGACAGAUUAAAGGAUGUUGCUAAUAGAAACUCCCAAUACUCCCAUCUUGGUCUUGCUCUAUUACCAUGGUUCAAUCUUGCUUAUCAUCCAUACCAUGGAGUUGAUCUCAACAAAUAUUACGUCAAUAGACCUGGUGAAGAAGAAUGGAAUUUACAAUUGAAGCCUCUUGAUGAAAUAAAGGCAAAGUACGCCAAAAACAACUAGGUAUACAAAUAAAAGAAAAAAAAACAACAAUUGUCGUUAAAGUCUGUAUGUAUUUAUUAUGAUAUUGUUAUUGGGGUAAAUUUGUUUCAUCGCUGCUAAAUAUAACAUCGUUUUUGCAUUU